AUGCCGAACGGGAAGAAAGGCCAGGCGCCGGCCAAGCCACGCAGAGAUGUGUUGGCCUCAUUGCGCAUGGCGUCCAUGGAGGAAAUUUCCAAAGCUUCGCUUCCAGCAGAGAUCAUGUCCUCGAUCCUCGACUACCUCGGUCCCGUCGACCUCAUCCAUGCAGCCCGCUCCUGCAAACUCCUUCACGAGAUGGCGUAUGACGAUACCCGGUGGGUGCAGCGACUGAAGCGAAUUGGCUGCUGGGACGAAUCGGACGCCCGAAAACACCUUGAGGAGACCUAUGGAACUAUUGCGGACGUAGAUACUGUCAAGCAGCAAGAAUUUGCAGACCAGGUGGAUGGCACCGUUCCUAUGAUCACGGUCGACAAAGACGUCACAGCCGUUUCCGAUGGCUUUGACAAAAUCGACAUGAGCAGCACUGCCCCUCCACCCAAUCUGUUGGAAGACGCUGUCGACGACCCCGUGCUGGAUGCCUUGAAGCAAGCUAGGUCCAUCCGAGGUGAAGCACGCCAGGAGUAUGGGAAGAUCCAUGCUGCGUUGGCACCCUUCUAUGACAAUAUUGCCAGCAAUGGGCCCUCGACCGAGAACCUUGUCUUCACCAAAUAUAAAGACCCGCAAGCACAGGCUCGGAUUCUGUCGCAGCUAUUGGAUUUCUCAAAAAGCGACAUGACUUCGGGAUGGACCGAAAGAGUGGAUCGUCUCGAACGCGCCACAUCCAUGUUCGAGACCGCCGCGUUGAAUGAAUUUCGAAACGCAUAUGAAAAGGACGACAUUGAUGGCACGAUGCGCAAAUACGCCCACACUUUGUGGACACUCAAUGGCGGAAACUCUGCCGUGGAUAUCUUCAUCCAUCACAAUCAUUUGAUAACGCGCAAGUCUGAACUGGGCAGCGUGGCUGAUUGCAUUGAUAGUUCUGGCCACAUAAAGACCCAGCACACACAGGCGUUCUUUACACGCUUGAGCGUGGGUUACAAUGAGGAGGUGUCGAUUAUGAACCGCGUGUUUCCUUCGGCGUUGGAUGUUGCGACUCCUUUCAUGGAGAAGGUGGGACAAGAUGUCCUCUAUCCUUUUCUAACGCCCAUCUUUGAUGAGCUUCAUCGCACGAACUUGGAGUCCUAUCUCACGGCGAUUUCUGUGACCUUUGUACAGUGCAUGAACCUCUCAGAAUCGUUGCUACCGAUACGGAACUCGGGGGACAAAUUCGACCAAUAUUUGGACUCAGUGGUAUGCAAGAUCUACGAGCCGCAUCUUGACCUUUAUCUGGCCGAGGAGCUCGAUCAUUUCCGCAAGAACUCCGAAGCCAUCGUGUCUGAGUGGGAUCGCCAGCUUUCUGAGCAGGCUGCUUCGAGAGAAUCUUUCUUGAUGUCCAAUGUGAAUCGACAGGCCGACAAGCGAGACUUCCUCACUUCGUUCAAGAAAGUGAUCAUGAUGCCAGUGAAUAUUCUUCCUAGUUUCUCCGGUACAAAGGCCAGCGAAGAAGCCAAGUCGGGCUCCGAGGCAGAUGGCAAUCCUGUCGCACCCAAGAGCCCGAACCGGUUCUCCACCAUUUCAUCACCAACGACGCCAGCCAUUGAAGAGGCCCCGACCACUGAACUCGCGGCCAAGGCAGCGAUCAUGAAAACGAAGAUGGAAGGCAUCAGAUCCUUGUUCAGCAUCGAGAUUGCACUGGGUCUCGUUCACUCCGCCAAAUCAAGCCUGGAGAGAGCUGCGCAGUUUGUUCGACUGGGCGGAGAGUUUGGACGAGCGGCAAAGCAGCAGUGCGAGGCGAUCUUCGUUGCUCUUCUUCGUAUCUUGGGUCACCGCCAUGUGAUUAUUGGUUUCGACAAGGCUGUCGAUCACCUAUCGAACUACCGGCCGCGCGAACACGACGAGCGUGAUUCAACGGGGGUUGAACCAUUGGUGACUUUCUUGGAACUAGUCAACGUCGGUGAUCUGAUCUUGCAGAUGGUAGAUGUCUUCUAUGAGCAGGAAUUGAUCGGCACGAGGCUGACCGAUCGGAACGACUUUCUCGACCCGGCCGUGAAAGAAAAGAAGAAGUUCGAGCAGAUGCUUGAUGAGCGCGUGGCUGCCGGGUUGAACAAGGGUAUUGAUGUCCUCAUGGAAGAAGUGGAUUACAUUCUCGCCACUCGACAGUUAGCUACGGAUUUCAACCCUGGCGUCUCGUCGAAUCCCCAUCGACAGACCAUGGACGUGGGUCUCAGUGAAGCCGCCACAGCAGUGGUGGAUGUGGUGUCAUCCCACACGCAGAUGCUGGUAGGGAGCACCGACAAGAGCACACUGGAUGUGUUCAAUCAAGAGGUCGGACUCCGGCUGUUCACUGCCUUGUGCAAGCAUCUCAAGCGACAGCGAAUCAGUGUGGAAGGAUCCCUGAAGCUGAUCAGCGACAUGAACCACUACUUCAAGUUCAUACAGGCCCUAAGGAACCAAGAGCUCCUGCUAUAUUUCAAAGCCUUCCGCGAGCUCGCCCAGAUCUACCUGAUUGACCCGUCCGACGCCAAGGAACUGGCGACAAUCAUCGCCGACGCGGAUCGGUUCCAGGGGAUCUGGCGUGUGGAGGAAGUCUACGAGUUUGCAGAACGGCGAGCCGACUGGUUCCAAGUGAAGAGAGAUGUUGAAAGAGCCAUGUACGGCAUUGGAUGCAGCGUGAUGUAA